AUGCUCCCAGUCAUCGCUAAAUCUGGCUGCCUUCUACCCACUUUCCCAACAAUGGUCCCAUCUUCACCAGCUGCUAAGCAAGCUGAUAUGGCUGGUCAACAAAAAAUGUUUCCCUUCGUCGCUCCAUCUGGAAAUUUCGAAAUCAAUCAGACUGUUUCCCCUAUCCAAUUCUUUCCAGCUUCACCUUUCCUUCUGCCUUCAGUUCCUGCUGCUCCUGUGUGGCCCAUGAACCCCGCAGCUCUGCAAAUGAACUUCAACUUCCAGAGUAUUCUCCAAAACAUGGGGAAUAAAUUGCAGCCAAAUCAGAGCAGUCGGUCGAAGUCAGAAGUAUGUUCAAUGGAUUGCGAUAAUGAAGACGUGGACGUUCUCAACUAG